AACCGAAACAGUAAAGGUACUAAAACUGGUAUUGACACAGAGAGCCUGCAGAGUAGGUAAUACUCAUCAGGUCAUCACCUUAUCAUGUCACUUCAUGUUUUUCUUUAGAAGGGCACAUUGUCUGAAAUGCAGUUAACCACAUUAUCACGACGUAAUUGCAACAUGGUGGAGGUUCGCGGGCUUCAGGGCAUCUGAAGGGGCCGGGUCUUCGUGCCAGUAGCGCACUUUGCCUGGUUGGUGAUCCAGUCUUAGAGCCUGGGGGAUAUUAUGGGGGAUUCUAGGGUUUUUAUUGGGUGCUGCAACAAAAUCAGAGUAAUUGUGUGUAACUGUAAAAGAAUUGUUCGACAUUUUCUAUCUUCAAAUCUACUUCUUUACUUUCCUGCCAUGAUUGAUGCCACUCUCAUAUCUGCUCAAUCAACAUAAAGCUGCAUCUAGGAGGCCCUUAGCUUAGCUUAGCUUAGCUUAGUAUAAGGAUCGAAACGGAGGGGAACAGCUAGCCCUGCUCCGUCGGUAACAAAACCCACCUAACGCAUCAUAUUUCAUACAAAAACCAAAGUGUUGAAAUAAAGAACCCAUUGUGGUUUUAUGGAUGGUUAUAUCAGUGGACCGGCUCUAUUAUCUCUGUCUCCGGCUGGUUGCCCUGUCUCCUGAUCGCAGACACGCCCAGGUGUCACAGUCGGUAGUCCGCCAGGAGAGAGCCCAUAGUCUCCCAACGGCAACAACUUAAAACAGCAAUAAUGGGGUCUCAGGACGCCUCGGGGAGCGAAGACUGCCAUUUUUGCCAAAUAGCAAACAACCGGACUGACACAGAAAUCCUGCUGAGUGGCGACGAGCUGGUGUGCUUUCGUGACGUGAAGCCCGGUGCCGCACAUCACUACCUCGUGGUUCCCAGGAGGCAUAUCGACAACUGUAAAACUCUCCGGGCGGACAGCGUCCCUCUGGUGGAGCGGAUGGAAAAAAUGGGAAUGAGUAUACUGGAGAAGAACAAAGUCUGCGACCUAGAUGACAUCAGGUUGGGGUUUCAUCUGCCUCCAUUCUCAUCCGUUCCCCACCUCCACCUCCAUGCCCUGGCUCCGGCCAGUGAGAUGAACUUGAAGUCGCAGCUUCGCUAUGGGCCGCAGUCUUACUGGUUCAUCACAGUGGACAAAGUGCUCUCUCAGCUGAAGACUGAUGGCAAGGUCAAAUGAGGAGCAUCGAAGCAUCAAGCACCUACACAAAUGUCUGAGCAACACUGUUGGGAGGAAAAACACAGAAUUCAUUAUGAGAAGACAAAAAACCCAAACAUUAGAUUACCGUGGGAAUGCUGGAGGUCCACAUGGGCCUAAAUACAGCAAACAAUGAUACAAUGGUUCCUUUUAAUUUAAUUAUUUACUUUUAUUAUCACUCAAGAUUCCAUUAGCGCUUUCCAGAUCAUGUUAAUUGGCAGCGUGUGCCAGUGGGUGCAUAGAUAUCUAAAGGGUUUGUUGGCAGGUUUUCUUUUCUUCUUCAAAAUUUGGCCAAAUCUGUGAAUUUCCAAUCGGACUGCUCAAUAAGAUGUGGGUUUUAAGUCUUUGUGUUCGUUCACAUGAAAGUUGGACCAUUAGAAACUGGCAGCUAGCUGUUUGUUUUCAUUAAGCCACAUGGGAGACAUUAUUUACCUCAAUUUUUCUGUCAUUUUUUCCGAAUAAUUUGUAUACUUCUACGUAAGAAAAUUACAUCAACAUUAUGAUAGAAAGAAUUGACUUUUAGUGUUUUUAACUGCACAGGUUUUGGGAGUUGUAGGUGACAGUAUGUCAGCAGCACCAUUUGUAUAUCUUUUCUUAGACCAAGGAGGUUUUCAUAUAUGAAAGGCUCUACAUGUUAACCAAGUUCUAUAUAGCAAGGCAGUUGCAACUUCUUCCAUUGUUAAUUCAUCAGGUUUAACCAUUUUUCCAUUUCAUUCAUAUACUCACUUCAAUAAUAACAAUUUGGUGUAUAUUUGUGUUCUGAAUAGUAUCACAACCUUUCUUUUUUAAUAAAAUGCUGGAUUGCUCUUCAAAAACAAAGUCAUCACUAAACAGUGACUGAAGAUGCUUUGCAGGUCGUACUCUUCAUAACAAUGACGGUUCUUUCUAUUCGCCACUUGAUGUCACUACAGUAACUUGCAACUCAAAACGAUAGUCGAUAUUUUUUGUUUUAUGGAGGGGCAGGGUAGAGGGCCCACAUGCACCAACGGGCCUCAUAAAGUGAUUUUCAACCUUUUUAUUUUUCAUUUAAAAGUGAUAAAGCAGGGAACAACAUAAACAUAUACACUGUGUCAUUUGCCAUCAGACCUUUCUUCUACCCCUCUUUACUGGUAUGUUUGUCACAGUCCUAAAUGUUUAUGCCUGUCUGUUACCCCCCGUUUUGAAGGGGUCCCAUGGUCAGUUCCUCAAAUUUUGCUAUUUUGUUGUUUGGUAACUUGUUUUAAAAUGACAGAGACUUUAACGCCCCCACAGCAUCAAAAGUAUAACAUCACACAGGUGGUGCAGAGGGUGUCGUGAUCAUGUCUCAGAAAAAUAUACACAUUUCAUUGAACACAAACUUUAAUUUUACAACUCUCCAAAUGUUUUUUUGCUGCAUUUUAAUUAAAAAAAAAAAAAAAAGUUCCAUAGCUAAAACAUGACAGUGAGCAUGGUCAAAACUGUAUUCUGUAACACACACAAAGUAACCCCCAGCCCACCCUUGGCACCCGCCCACUGAUCGUCCCGGGGGGGGGUGCCUUUCAGUCGGCCUCCCUGAGGUUUCUUAUGGAGGCUUUUAUUGGGGAGUUUUUCCUAGUUCUUACCGAGGGCCUAAGGUUUGGGUGGGUGCUGUUUUAAUUUAAUGUCGCUGCUGUGAAGAACAUUUUAAAUACAGUAAUAUAAUAGUAAUUAAAUGGGUAUUUUGGUAAAAUCUUCAAAUUUUUUCACUGAAAACUGUACUUUGUUA